AUGCGGAAGAAGGUCGACGCGCGGGUCCGCACGCUCAUCGAGAACUCCGUCGCGCUGCGCCACCGCGGCCUCUUUGUCAUCGUCGGCGACAGCGCACGCGAGCAGGUCGUGAACCUGCACUACAUGCUUUCCAAGGCCGCCGUUCGGGCCCGCCCGUCCGUCCUCUGGUGCUACAAGAAGGAGCUCGGCUUCACCACACACCGCAAGAAGCGUAUGCGCCACAUAAAAAAAAUGGCGGCGCGUGGCCUCAUCGAUCCGGAUAAGGACGACCCGUUUGAGCUCUUCAUCUCUUCGACGUCCAUCACGUACUGCUACUACCGCGAGACGACGCGGGUGCUCGGCAACACGUUCGGCAUGCUCGUGCUGCAGGACUUCGAGGCGGUGACGCCAAACGUGCUGGCCCGCACCGUCGAGACUGGCGGCGGCAUCGUCGUGAUGCUUCUCAAGUCGAUGGACUCGCUGCGCCAGCUCUACACGAUGACGAUGGACGCGCACGCUCGCUUCCGCACAGAGGCGCAGCCGCAGCCGUGGCGGGGCCACAGGGCGUGGGGUCCGCGCUUCAACGAGCGCUUCAUCCUCUCUCUCGCCUCGUGCCGCUCCUGCCUCGUGCUCGACGACGAGCUCAACAUCCUGCCCAUCUCGUCGCACGCCGCAGCCAUCACGCCCGUCUCCAAGGGCGUGCCUGCCGACGGCGACGAGGCGGAGGCGGCCGAGGGCCGCCCCGCCGCCGGCUCAACGGGAAGCGACUCACCCGAGCUGCGCGAGCUGAAGCGGUCGCUGCGAGAGACGCAGCCGGUCGGCUCGAUCGUGCAGACCGUGCGGACAGUCGACCAGGCAAAGGCGCUCCUCACCUUCGUCGAGGCGGCGGCGGACAAGUCACUCCGCUGCACGGUGGCGCUCACCGCGGCGCGAGGCCGCGGCAAGUCGGCCGCCCUCGGCCUCUCCCUCGCGGCCGCCGUCGCGUACGGCUACGCAAACAUCUUCGUGACGGCGCCCUCGCCCGAGAACUUGCGCACGCUCUUCGAGUUUGUGCUCAAGGGCUUCGACGCGCUCGAGUACAAGGAGCACGCCGACUUCUCCAUCGUGCGACCUGUAGCCGAGAUGCAGCCGAGAUGCAGCCGAGAUGCGCCAAGAGACCGGGCUCGCCGAACCACCAUCCAGUACAUCCUGCCCAGCGACGCGGCGCUGCUCUCGCAGGCGGAGCUGCUCGUCAUCGACGAGGCAGCCGCCAUCCCGCUGCCGCAGGUGCGGGCGCUGCUCGGCCCGUACCUCGUCUACAUGGCCUCCACCGUCAACGGGUACGAGGGCACCGGCCGCGCCCUCUCCCUCAAGCUCAUCCAGCAGCUGCGCGCAAAGGCGCAGGCCGGCGGCGAGGCGGCCGGCGGCAGCGCCUCGGCCCUGGCCGAGGACCCGGCGCUCGGCGGCCGCACACUGCGCGAGGCGCCUUGCCGGUGCCACUGCCCGCCGCAGGUCAGCCUCGAGGAGCCGAUCCGGUACGCGCAGGGCGACCCCGUCGAGCGCUGGCUGCACGGGCUGCUUUGCCUCGACGCGACGACCAGUCUGCCGCCCGUGCGCUCGACGCCGCACCCGUCCGAGUGCGAGCUGUACUGGGUCGACCGCGACGCGCUCUUCUCGUACCAUUCUGCGUCGGAGGCUUUCCUGCAGCGCAUGCUCGCGCUCUGCGUCUCGUCGCACUACAAGAACACGCCCAACGACCUGCAGCUCCUCUCGGACGCGCCCGCCCACCAGGCCUUCGUGCUGCUCGGGCCGGUGGACGUGGACGCCAAGCGCCUGCCCGACAUCCUCGCCGUGGUGCAGAUCUGCCUCGAGGGCGACAUCUCGCACGAGUCGGUCCGCCGCUCGAUGGCGCGCGGAGAGACGCCGUCGGGCGACCUCAUCGCGUGGACCGUCUCGCAGCAGUUCCAGGAGCCAGAGUUCGCCUCGCUCUCGGGCGCGCGGGUCGUGCGGGUGGCGGUCCACCCCGACCUCGCCCGGAUGGGCUACGGCUCGCGCGCCCUCGACCUGCUCACCCACUACUACCAGGGCGACGUGCGGCCCCUCAAGCCGCCCGCGGCGGCUGCGCCGCGCGCGGCCGCGGGAGGCGCAGGCGCCGACGGCGCCACCGCGGGCGGACUGCUGCACGAGACGAUCGCGCCGCGCGCGAAGCUGCCGCCCCUGCUGCUCACGCUCGAGCAGCGGCCGCCCGAGCCGCUCCACUGGCUCGGCGCCUCGUUCGGCAUCACGGCGCCGCUGUACGGCUUCUGGCACAAGGGCGGCUUCCGGCCCGUCUACCUGCGCCAGACCAAGAACGAGGUGACGGGCGAGCACACCGCCAUCGUCCUCAAGGCGCUCGACGGCUCGCAGCGCGAGAUGUCGACCCUCGCCGCCGCCGACUGGCUGCCGCUGUACGUCGGCGACUUCCGGCGCCGGCUGAGCGCGCUGCUCGGCGGCGCGCUGCGCGAGAUGCCCACCGCGCUCGCCCUCUCGCUGCUCGACCCGACGCUGCAGCCCGCAGAGGCGCGCGCGCCGACGGCGGAGCAGCUCGAGUUCGUGCUCGGCGCGUACGACCUCAAGCGGCUCUCGUCGUACUCGCGCUCCCUCGUCGACCACCACCUCGUGCUCGACCUCGUGCCGCUGCUCGCGCGGCUGCGCUUCAGCGGCGCGCUCCUCACGCCGCUCUCGUCGGUGCAGGCCGCGAUCCUCGUCGGCGUCGGACUGCAA